AUGAAUGAACUCACUGGAACGAAAUGCAACAAUUCUUUGUGGACCGAACAGGUAUGUGGUGUGUACCUACUCGUAUGUAUUUUUAAACAAUGUAUAGUUUUAAUAAUAUUUCGCAGUACUUACCUAUAGUAUAUUGUUUGAUAGUUAAACAACCAUUAGGUAUAAUAGUAUAAUAUAAUCUACCUAACUAGUUAAACUGCUUAAUUGGUUUUGCUCGUGGUUUUUUUUUUUUUAAUACAAAUAACUGUUUUACAAAUUGACAAGGAAGUCGCUACAUCUAGAGAGCUUUUAGAUUUACUGGAGGAUGAAAACAAUUAUUACUAGUGUAAUUAAUCAUAAUAAAUGAUGUUUCGUUAUUGAAUUAUUUAAAUUAGUGCUGUUGUAGUCUUGUACGCCUUACUUAGUUGAGUAUUUUCGGCGCAUUUGAAAAAAAAAAAUUAAACAAAACGAUGGAUAUACAAUGGACCACAAUGGAUGGGGAUCACUGUUGCAGUUGAGGAGUUGGGAAGUUAGGAUAUAGAGGAUAAUUCAAUGGAAAUUUGUAUGCAACAAUUAAUCAUUGGUAAAAAAAAAAUGUUUCUGAGCGGAGUUCGGUUAUAUAUGUUUUAAAAUACUGUAAUUUUUAUGAUUUUCGUCAGAAUUUGACACUAAAAUUCAUAUGAAAAAAAAAAAUACUUCAUUAAAGUCAACUUUUUCUUAUUGACCACUAAGUACAACCUAUAAUGAACCUCUUGUUAAAUUUUCAAGCAUUUCUGUUUGAAUGGCUAAAAUAUUUGAACAAUUAUCACGUUUAGAAAAGGUAAACAUAAGUUUUUUGUACGAAUUUCAUGUAUUUACGAAUAUUUUAAAUUGAAUUAAAUUUAAAAAACAAAAUAUUUAAAAAUUAUGUACAGCUUAAUAUCAAGAUAUCUUUCAUUUCUGAGAUUUUAUAACAAUUUUUUUUUUAGUUUUAAACUCUUUUUAAACACUGUUAUACUUUGAUUUGUGAUAGUAUUACAUUAUACUUGAAAAAAAUGUUAGUCAUAAACAGAAAUAUAUAAAUCAGCUAUGAACCUAAAUAUGACAGUCUUCAAUUUCGUCUUAAUACCUACUAGUGUUGUAAUUCAAAAAUAUGGCGGGUCGGGCCAGCCUAAUUAUAUAAAAUUGAUUCACACGUGUAAGUUAAUUAUAAAUUAAAUACCAUAUCAUUACACUAGUACAAAAAAAAAAUUGUAAACCACCAUAAAUAUCAGUUAUAUAUAACAGUAUUCAAUUUUCAAAAUAUUAUUUAAAUAUAGUUUAUCACAAAGCAAUACAUCCAUAUUUAAAAAUGUGGUGGUGUUGCUUUCAUUAACAGUGUGAAUAAAAAAAAAAAAAAAUACAAAACAGACACAACACAGUGAAGACGAGAAUAAAAUUAUACGAUAUGGUAAUCUACCAUUUUGUGAAGAAAAUGUUUACGAUUCUACUGAUAUAAAAUAUGUAUAUCAAAAAUGUCAAAUUUUGAGUUGUUACGAUCUUGUUCUAAGGAUACGAAAUAUGUAUUAUUAAUUGAAAUUUAACAAAAAUGUGUACAGUUUACCUACUUAUGUAAAAAUUCUUUUACACCGUCGCUAAGCUAAAAUCUAAAUUUAGGUAUUUACACCUUUUUUUAAAAACAUUAUUAUAGUGUUAUUAGUGAUUUACUCGUAUAUCAUCUAUAGCCUAUAUUUAGAUCCAAUAUUCUAUAUUAAAAAUUUCAAAUGUCAACAUUUUCAGAAUAAAUCAGGUAGAUAUAAUCUUAUCCAAAAUAUAAUUAAAAUAGCUUUUGAAAUCGAAAUUGACUUAACUUAUUACUCGUUCUAUAGCAUGCUCAAAGAGUUUGGGCUUUAGCCCGUUUAUUGUUUUCAGUUAUAUUAUAAUGCGUUAAAAAUUAAAGAAAUAUUUGAUUUAUAGUACAUUUUAUUAUGAUUUACGGAUAUACUUAUAGAUCCAGUCGUUCGAUCAAUUAGUUCACGAAGAAGAAAUCAAAGUAGAAAAGACCUCCGGAAAAAAACUAGGAUGGAUCAAAGGCGUGCUAGUUCCGUGUCUACUCAGUAUAUGGGGUGUGAUGCUUUUCUUGCGGAUGCCGUGGAUUUUAGGGCAAGCUGGGAUACUUGAUUCAUUAGUAAUUAUUUUCAUUUCGUUAUUCAUCGUUCUGAUCACCACAUUUUCGUUGUCCGCCAUCAGUACAAAUGGAAAAGUAAAAGGAGGUAAUAAUUCCAAAUUGAAAUGAAUUAUAAUGCCCAAUACUGAAAAUUCAAUUUAAAAACCUCAUUUUAUAAUAAUAAUAUAAAUCUGAAUUUUCACUGUGCAUAUUUAUAUGAACCCUAUUCAACCCACUUUUAUAUCCUAGGCAAGUUAUGCUAUAGGACUGAUUUUUUUAGAGGGGUUAAGGAAGCUUAAAAGAAGCAGUAUUUCAUAUUUCGUACGUGUAGAUGAAAUACUUUUCAAAAUAAGAGUGUCCAAAAAUCACAAUUUUUGGCACUCACACGCCGUCCAUUAAAUGAUAAAUCAUCAUACAUCUAGAUUAUUGAAAUCGAGAUGAAGCUUAGAAAUUUCAAACAUAAAUAUUGUCUAGAUUAUUUAUCAACAAUGAAUAUACACAUUGAUUGAUGAAGAAUUGUUUGUUUUAAAAAUAAAUGUAAAAUAAUUCGAUUAAAAUUUGAUUUCUUAAAAUAAUACCAUUAUUUCUUUCAACUAAUAAUACUAUAAUAAAUUGUAUUUAUUUAUUUUAUGAAUGUAUAGUGGACCUUUAUUAAAAUUUACAUUAUUUUUAGGCCAAGUUGUUUUAAAAUAAACAUCAAUAUUUUGUAAUUAUAAAUUUACUAAUGUUUUUUUUUUUUUUUGCGAUAUUAUCGUAUAAUAUUAUGAUUCCUUUAGGGGGUCUUUAUUUUAUAAUUUCCAGAUCAAUUGGUCCAGGAUUUGGAGCGUCAAUUGGCAUUUUGUUAGCAUUCGCCAACACUAUUUCAGCGGCUAUGAACACAAUUGGGUUCGCUACAUCUUUAAAAUCAUUACUGAAUUCAAAUAAAAUUCAUAUAAUAGACGGAAAGGUUGAAUUUAGAAUUUUCGGAAUUGUAUGUAUAAUGAUACAGAGUAUACUUUGUUGUAUCGGCAUGGAUAGAGAAGCAGAAGUCUGUAUAGAAACAUAUUUUUUAAAUGCUUAUGAUGUUUUAUAAAAUACAUGUUUCAGAUACAAAAUGCACUUUUGGUAUGCAUAAUCAUCGGCAUUUUUAAUGUGAUAAUCGGAUCAUUUAUUGGACCUACCAGUUUAGAAGCAAGAGCAUCUGGCUUCACCGGACUUAGCAGUAAAAUAAUAUUCUGAACUAAUUAUUUUUAUUUACAAAAAUAAUUAUUUUUGUAACUAAAAUUAAUUUCAAUAUUUGUCUACAGUGGAAACAUUUAAAAAAAACUGGUAUUCAGAAUAUAAGCCCCAAAAAGACGUCCAGCAAUCGUUUUUUACAAUUUUUGCUGUAUUUUUUCCAUCUGUCACUGGUAUACAAGCUGGAGCGAAUAUAUCAGGAGAUCUUAAAGUAGGUUUAUAAAAUAAAAACUAAUCAAGCUAGUGUCUUAACUCGAUAAAUUUUUUAGGACCCAAGUUCUUCGAUACCAAAAGGAACUCUCUUGUCAAUUCUCAUUACUAUAAUUUCGUAUAUUGCGUUAAUAAUAGUUCCUGGAGCAGUCCAGUUAAGGGAAGCAAGCGGUGACCUAAAUGACUAUUUAAAUGGAACUUAUUUAAACUGUUCAAUUAAAAAUUGCACCAAAGGAUUGUACUCUGAUGAAAAUGUAAAAAUAAUUAUAAUUAUGUUAUGAAGUAAUAAAGAUCAAACAAUUUCAAGUUGUCGCGUGUUUUGAGGAAUAUUAAGAUAGGAUAACUAAGGUUAUACAGUUCGGUUAAAUCUAAAGUAGUUUACACCCAAAAUGUGAUUACCUACUUAUUAAUGAUUACCUUUAAUUUAAUUAAUGGUUUAAAUGUUUAAUAUUAUUCUUAAAGUUAAAAUGAUUUCAAAAAAACUCGUUAGUUUAUUUAUUUUUGUAUUAUUCUAUAUUAUAAUCAUAAUUAUAAUUAACUAUGAAUACCAUAUUGUUGCAUGUAAUGUCUUCAUUUAUUACACUUACGUUGGAUUUUCUUUUUCAAUGCUUUUAGUUGAUGCAGUCGAUUUCGUUAUGGCCAAUUUCAAUAUACUUUGGUUGUUUUGGAGCCACUAUUAGUACCGCUUUAACAGCUUUAAUAUCUGUUCCAAAACUUUUACAACGCAUGGGCCAAGACGAAGUUUACCCACUUCUUAAAUAUUUAGCAAAAAGCUAUGGAAGUAACCAAGAACCAUACCGUGCUCAUGUUUUAGCCAUGAUAAUAUCUUCUUCAUUGCUUGUGAUAGGUAAAUGAGUUGGUCAUAGGUAAAAUAGGUAUUUUUAGUUAUUUUUAAAAUGUUGAAGAUAUUAUAAUUAUUUUUACUUUUUCAGUAUACUUACCCAUGGGUAGCAUUGGAUAGGGAAUGUAUUUGCCAACUGAAUUUUAGGAUUUUCACCAGUCGAAAAUUAUACGAAAUAGGUCAAAUUGACAUAAACUAAAUUAAAAAACAAAUUUAAUUUUGCGUGGCCCACAAAAAUUUCUCAGUAGCUCACCGGUUCAAUUUGGAACUGCUUAUGUAUGACUAAGGGUGUAUUUGAGGGGGGAGCAAUGAGGGAAGUUCUCUCCCAUUCAUAAAAAAACUUUUUUUAUGACCAUAGAUACAAUAGUUGUUUUAAGUUAAUAUUUUUAAUUUUAAGUUAAUACCUAUUCAUAAUAUUUUAUGAAGAUUAAUUAGGUUUUAAAAAAAACUAUAGCGAAAUAGUAAUCAGUGUAAUGAUUUUUAUUACAGUUCUUUCUUAUAUAAAAAAUGAAUGAAUUUUUUAAUUAGAUGGUGACCUGUUUUUCGCUCGUAGCUAAUAAAUUGCCCCCACCCGAUUUAGACCUCUGUAUCUGCCCUUGAGAUUACCUAUGUAACCUAUUUCUAAUUCUCUUAUUUGUAUUUAUUUAAUUAUAAUUAAUAAACUCUUCAAUAAUAACUAUGCAAAUCAAUUAAUAGGAAACAAGUGAAACUAUUAUUAUAAUAUAACAAUAUAAAUAGUUACUUACUAAAAGUAAAAUACAUUUUCACUGUUAUUUUGCAAAAGUUUAUAUAUAGAUAGUAUAAAUAUAAAGUAUAUAAUAUACAUAUAUAAGUAAUCAAUAAAGUUUAAAAUACGUACUUUCAUUUAAAUAUUAUGUUUAAAAUCAGGUAGGUAAUAGGUACUUAUAUGGGAUUUAAAAGUCUUUAGCUUAAAAAUAGUUGUUUUAAAUUUAAUACUAUUACUUAAACAGAAAACAUUUCUUGAUAAUAUGUAUGUAAAAAUUAACCAAUUUUGUUUUAUAUAUUAAUGAAACAAUAAUUUAUUUUCCAGGUGAAUUAAACGAAUUUGGCUCACUAGUCGCAACUGUUUAUUUAUCUGCAUAUGCUUUACUAAAUUUGUGCGCAUUUCAUGUUGCACAUUUUAAGCCUCUGGGUUGGAGGCCAUCAUAUAAGGUAGGCCCUUAUCAAUAUAUUAUAUUAUGUUAUACAUUUAAAUAACAUAAACUGUCUGUGCUUCUAGUUUUUUAACAAAUGGCUCAGUCUUUUUGGGGCUAAUAUCUGUAUUAUAGUUAUGGUAUUUAUUAACAUGAAAAUGUCAGUAAUUAUUGGUUGUACUAUAUGUGUUUUAUACAAAAUCGCAGCUAGAAAAAAAUAUGGUAUGUUAUUGGUAUUAUAAUAUUUGAAAUUAAUUGUGACAUUUAGUAACUCAUCAAAAAUAUUUCAUAUUGAUAUAAUGCAAACAUAAAAUAUAUAGAAUUAAACUGGGGAUCGUCAAGACAAACGCAACAAAUAAAAAAUAUGAUCAAAAAUGCAUACAAGACCAACACCGUUCAAUAUCACGUCAAAAACUAUUUACUUAAUGUCACGGUGCUUUCAGGAAACCCUCAGUCGAGGAAAAAAUUAGUUACCUUAGCUCAUUUAAUCACUGAUAAUAAAAAUGGCUUACAAAUGUGUGUCUACGCCGAAAAGGUUUACUGUAACAAACAAUGAUGUUAUUAACCAACUAAUUAUCUAUUUAAUAUUAACAAAGUAAAGUUAUGGUUUAAUUUUUAAAAUCAGAGAUCGCUCACAAAUGAAGAAAGGAAAGAACAUCUUGACACAGGAAUUCAAUGGCUAAAAAAUGCCGGAAUUGAUUCCCUUUACAUUGUACUCGAUAACAUUGAAUUGGACGUAGCAACUGAUAUAGCAUACACUUGUGGCCAUGGACAACUGAGAUCAAACAUAGUGUUAGUCGGAUUUAAGUCGGAUUGGUUAAACUGUCCAAUUGAAGAUCUUCAAAUUUUUUUAAAUAUUUUUAAGUAAGCACUUGCUAUAAUUAUUUAUAAUUGGUGUAAUUUAAAAUAUACAGAUAUAUAAAUUUAACAAUUUACAUAUAUAUGUCGUAGCCACUUCAUGAAAAUAUUUCAAGAUUUCUAUUUCAUAAAAUAGAAACGGCUUUUUUUCACUUCGUGAAAUUCGAAAAUAUUUCACAAAAUGGUCACUCCAAUUUAUUAUCGUGUAAUUUUUGAAAAGAUCAAUUUCAUGUAGUGACUAAGACAUAAAUAUACCUAUAUUAUGUAUGAUAAAUAUCGUAUGCUAGUGUCGCAAAAAAAAACGGAAUCGUUACAAUUAUGGUUCGCGUAUCAUCAAUAGAAAAUCAGAACUUUUUCAUUCAAGACUUAAAGCAAUCAAAAAAACAAGAAGAUGAAUUCCCAUUGAAAAAAAAAUCAAAUUCAAAGAACCAAAAACAUCAAAAGUAUAAAUAAAUUGUGUGCAAUAAAUUAUUGUUUUCUGAAUUAUAGUUAAAUUUUUAUAUUUUUUGUAAGGAUAUCCGAUUGCUUUUUAAAAAUAACUGACAACGAUUUUUCAUUUAUCAAUAAGAAAAAAGAAAUGCACGGGACAGUUGAUGUGUGGUGGCUAUACAAUGAUGGAGGUUUGUAAUUUAAACAUAUUUUAUGGUUACCUACUCGUAUACUUGUAUGUAAUAUAGUCGUGUAAUAUGAUAAUACCUAUCUAUAUUCUAGUAUUCAGUUAAUGUUAUAAUCAUUAUUUUUUAAGAAAAUUUACAGAAAACAAUUUGAGUACUUGCUAUUAAUUUAAUAAAUACCUAAUUACUUUAUUCAUAUUUAUAGGUAGGUGUUAGGGUACGUGUGACUUGGUGUUAUGAUUGAAAAUAUAUUUAUUGAUUAAUAAUAAAUAACUACCAAUAAAAUAAAAUAAUAAGAUUAGACGCUACACAUGAAUUUACUAUCAAAGCAAAACCAAUUUUCGACUAUUAAUUUUAAUAUUAGAGUGAAUUUCAGAACAUUAUCUGUAUUUGCGCGUUGGGUUUUUUGUUAUUUUAAUUUUUAAGCCCGAUACGAGUUUGCAAAAUACCACAAUUAAAAAAUUGUUAUAUCUCACAAUAAAACUAAAAUGUCUUAAAAACCAACGUAAAACAUAGAUAACAUUAUUACAUUCAAGUUUGGCACUAUAGAUAAAUUCACAUAAAUACAAAAACCAACAGCACAAAAUUCGUCUGCUGAAUGUCAAUUUACUACACCGUGCGAUUGUAAGACAAAUACAACAAAUUCAUGUAUAGUGUCCUCUCAAGCUAAAAUAAUUAUGUAUGCUAAUAGUUACGACCUAUUUGUUAUGUUAAUAUCAAACAACUAUUUGAAAUGUUUCAUAGGUUUAGCGUUAAUCAUUGCGCACAUAUUAAAAUCAAGUUCUUCGUGGAAAAAUUGUAAAUUUCGAAUUUUUGGCGUGACUGACAAAGAAGAAUGUUUAUUAAAAGAAAAAAACAAGUAUAUCCAAUUAUAAUUUUUAAUUUGAAAUAUAUAAAUUUAUUUAUAAUUACAUUUUCUUUUUCUAUUCAUCGUUAGGGUUUAUGUAGAUGCAUUGCACUACUUGUAUCAACCAAUAUCACUGAUACGGUUACAUAGAAGUCUUAUAAAUUAUAAUAUAACUAAUGUUUUAGGUAGAUGUAAAAUCAACUUAGUAAAUAUAAAAUAACGUAAACACAAAAUUAUCUGUUCAAAUUGUAUAAUACACACAACUUGUUUUACGUUUAGAUUCUGAUCGCAGUGAAAAAUAUAGGUACAAUGUAAAUUUUGGAUCUAGUCGGUAAUUUUCGGAUUUUCCUUGCAGUUUUCAUAAUAAUUGAUAAAAAUCUAAAAAAAAAAAACGUAUAAGAAAAACUGACAACUUUACGAAGUAUACAAUUUCAUUAUUUUAAAUUUAUUCGAUUUUUAUACUUGGUAUUAAUCUACCAAAUAGGUAUCUUGUUUCAAAUUUUUAGAUUAGCUUAUUUUCUUAAAGAAUCUUUUAUUUAGUUUUUGAUUUUCUGUAUGAUUUAUUUAAUAAUAAUUGGAAGGAAAAACGAGAAAGUUUACGACAUUUAAUGGUUUCAUUAUUUUCGAUUUCGGUUUUUGUUGUUGUCAUUAGGUUAAAAAUAAUUAUAGAAAGCUGAAAUUUUCACAGAAUAUUUAUACAUAUUUUCAUAUUUAUCUUUUAAAUUAUUUAUAAAUAUUUGACAUUUUUUAGUUUAAGCUUUAAAUUAAUGUGCAUCAAAUGGUUUGGCCGAACAGAAAUGUUUGAAAUUUAUUAUAAGAUUAACUUAGAGAUAAGUUUUUAAAGGCCGUAAUAUUUACGAUUUUCGUUAAAAUUUGAUUUUAAAACUUUAUAAAAAAAAUACUGCAUUAUACUCAAUUUUUUUUUUCGUACUAAAAACGAUUCAUAAUGAACCCCCUGCUAAAUUUUCAAGCAUUUUUGUUUAGUCUAACAAUUUUAUCCACAGAGUGCCUACCAAAUAAUAAUGCCUCUCAAAAAUAAUAAUCAAUUUUUUUUUUAGAUUAAUACAAUUAUUAACCAUGUAUCGACUUCAUUUCGAUUAUUUGGAUAUAAUUUUAUCGGCUGACACAGAUCUUACAACAAUGACAUAUUUUACUACUUUACUAGAACAUGCCAACCACAAAGGUACAAUUUUAUAAUGUGCAACUUAUAAAAAAAACCAUUGUGUAUUAUGUUAGCUAGAAUAUUGAUGCCUGGUGAACUUGCUACAUUUUUAUUUCUGUGUUAUAUUAGUUCUAAGUUUAAAUGACCAAUGACCAUCUAGAAUAAUAUAACUUUGUAUGAGUAUAAAAUGUAAUAAAAUGUAUGUACACAUAAACAUAAUAUAGAAUUUUAUAAUAUUUCCCGGCAUAUACAAUUAAAAUAAUGUAGUUGCUUUAAAUGUUAUUGAAAAUUAAUUACAUAUUAUUGAUAAAUGAUAAUAAUGAUAUUGAAAUAUAUAUUUUGUUUACUUUCUAGGAAAUGAAUUUAAUGAUUACAAAUUGAAUCAAGAUCAUGUGGUUAAAACAUUGUUUUUAAGAGAUUUAAUUGAAUUACAUUCAUUAAAAUCUGAUCUCAUAAUUUUGUAAGUACCUACCAAAAAAAACUUCUUAUGUAAAUAAUACUAAUUGUAAAAAUCAAUAUUUGUAAAUUUAGAUCAACUCCCAGAACUAACGAGGAAGUAAAUAUAUCAUUCAUGUGUUGGUUAGAAACAAUUACUAGAGGGCUACCUCCGUGUAUUAUAAUCAAUGGAAAUACAGGACCAGUUUUCACCGCUAAUGCUUAAUUAAUAUAUUAUCUAUAUGAUUAAAUCAAUAACAUGAAUAAUACUUAAAUUGCUCUUAAAUCCAAUUAAUAUCAUUUUUAAUCAGGGCGAUUGAAUUAGUUCUACAUAAAAAAUUUAAUGUCAAUUGUCUUUUUUUUUAUUAUGGUUGACAUAAUAGAUGCUUAUGUAACGACCACAAUAUUAUAUAGAUACUAUAAUACGUCUUCUUCUUCUUAGGUUAGGUUUUUCAAGAACUGUAAAACUGUACCGGUAAAGCUGGUUUAAACAUCGCUACGCAUUUGUCCCUUAUCGUUCCCAAUAUAUUCGGUCUGUGGAAAAGUGACUCCAAUUUUAUUUUUCCUUAUCCUCUACUCACCACUUAGCGUGCCAUUUACAGGCCGAAAUAUUCUCGGUAAUAUUUUCCUUUUUCAGAACUACGAGCUUUCUUUCAUCGUUUUUCUUUAUCGGUAAUUUAUCAGCUUCAUAUGUUAUUACAGAGCGUGUUAACUCCAUAUUGUAUAAUUGUGUUUUAAAAUCCUUUGACAGUGAUAGCUAUCCCAACAGUUUUGCGAGCUCAUAGAGACAUUUAUUUCCAGAUUGAAUUCUCGCCGUUAUUUCUUUUUCAGUUUCAUUUUUAUUCAUAGUAUUGAUCCUAGGUACUUAAAGCGUUUCACCUUUUUGAGUUUGUUGUUUGUACUUAAAUUUGGGUAAUGUUCGUGGUAUCACGUCUUCCUACAACUACAUUGUAUUCCAUUUUGUCUUUAUUCAUAUGAAGUCCAACUUUCAGAGCUGCUUUUUCCAGUCGAUAUAACGCUUUACGUACAACAAAACAAGUUCCUAGUCUUUGAACAUUUUCACAUUCUCCGUUACCUAAAGAUAGUUGUUUGGGACAUUUUAGUUGUCCCUGCAUUUUUCCAUAUCAGUUUUUGGAAGUGCCAUGCAUUUUCAUUUUAUAACUUUUCAAACCUUAAUCAAAUCCAAACUGCACCUGGUUUUUAAAUAGUUCACAUAGUCCGUGUACCACCUAGCUGUUCCGUUUUUCAGUUUUCAAUUGUUUAACCAUAAUAUACUCUAGUCCAAGGUUUGUUGUGUGAGUACUGUACGCAUUUUUUUUUUACAUUUAGCGUAGUUGACCCUACGCUUAAUCUCAAACCUGGAGGUCUAGUCCACACCAAUGAGUUAUAGUCAGUGUGGGACUAUUUUAACAUACUUUACAGUGAGUUGGGCGAUAGGCGCGUUACGCCAUUAGAUAUUAUAAUAUGUAGCAACUAAUAAUAUUAUUAAUGACUUCUCGGGUCUGAUUUGAAUUUUUAAUAGAAAAUUAUUUAUUUACUUCCUUCAAUGUGAAAGCGACAUCGAAAUGGAUGUAUUUACUGUGUCUGAAUCAACUUGACUCACAGUUCACUGGUUUCAAUAACCUAAAUAUAAUAUACGAAUACUGAUUUUGUUUAUAAAAAUAUCUUUUUAUGCUUCCUAGAUAAUGUUUUGGGUUUUUUAUUUUGAAUUAUGUAUUCCAUUAAUUAUUUAAUAUAAUUAAUAUAUAUUUUAAAUAUUUUAUUUAUUUAAUAGGUAUUUUAAAUUUUAAUGUAAGUUUUGAAUAGCAC